AUGGCCUCCGAUUCUACUUCUUCGCCGGAGUUUGAAAGAUCAAGAAUGAGGAUAGUCUCCGAUUCUACUUCUUCGCCGGAGUUUGAAAAUUCAAAAGUGGUAGUGGUAAGGAGCUCCGACGGUGUUCAGUUUAGUAUUUUAGAGCGCGUGAUUUUAAUGAUGAACAGUCUAAAGCAUGUCGUGCAACACCCUGCAUUUGCGCCGGCGGCGGGAGAAGUGAUUCCUCUUGAAAACGUUGAUCAGAAGAACCUCAUUUUGGUGCUCAAGUACUGCGAUCAUCAUUCCCGUCCCCAUAACCCCAUUUCUCGCAAGAAAUUGAAAACUUCCGAUCCCCUGGCCUUGAGGAAUGCGGAGAUGGAGAGCAUCAAGUUGAAGCAGGACAAAUUGAAGAAAUUCGAUUAUGAAUUCUUCAACAACAUUACACCGUAUCACCUUUUUCCUCUACUAUGUGCCGCAAAUGAUCUGCAGAUCACUGUUAAUCCUCCCAGUUUAUAA